CAUGGAGACCCCUCCGGGCCUGCAAACCGACUGUGAAGCGCUGCUCAGUCGCUUCCAGGAGACCGAUAGCGUGCGCUUCGAGGACUUCACCGAGCUGUGGAGGAGCAUGAAGUUCGGGGCCAUCUUUUGUGGCAGAAUGAGAAAUUUGGAAAAAAACACGUUUACAAAAGAAGCUUUAGCUUUGGGUUGGCAGUAUUUUUUACCUCCAUAUACCUUCCAUAUCAGAGUUGGUGCUUUGUAUCUUCUGUACGGAUUAUAUAACACCCAACUGUGCCAACCAAAACAAAAGAUUAGAGUGGCCCUAAAGGAUUGGGAUGAAGUUUUAAAAUUUCAACAAGAUUUGAUAAAUGCACAACAUUUUGAUGCAGCUUAUAUUUUUAGGAAGCUUCGACUGGACAGAGCAUUUCACUUUACUGCAAUGCCCAAAUUGCUGUCAUAUAGAAUGAAGAAAAAAGUUCAGCGAGCUGAAGUCACAGAAGAAUUUAAGGAUCCAGAUGAUCGUGUAAUGAAACUUAUCACUUCUGAUGUAUUAGAGGAAAUGCUGAAUGUUCAUGAUCAUUAUCAGAGCAUGAAACAUGUAAUUUCAGCUGAUAAGUCCAACCCAGACAAAGCCCUUAGCUUGAUAAAGGAUGAUUUCUUUGACAAUAUUAAGAAUAUAGUUUUGGAGCAUCAACAGUGGCACAAAGACAGAAAGAAUCCAUCCUUAAAUUCCAAAAUUACAGAUGGAGAAGAAAAGAGAGAGAAGGAAGGAGAUUCACAAGAAUCCGAGAGAUGUGAGAGAGCAGUAUCAUUAGCAAAAAUAAAAUCAAAGGCCUUUUCAGUUGUUGCUCAGGCAUCCAAAUCCAGAAGGCAUCGUCAAGUCAAACUUGACUCUUCUGACUCUGAUUCUGCAUCUGGUCAAGGACAAAUCAAACCAACUGAGAGAAAAAUAAAUAAGGAAGCACUGAGAUCAUCAGGAAGGAAGAUGUCUGCCAAAAACAAAGGUGACAUGCAGAAUGUAAAUAAGGAAGAUAAAGCUUUAAGUCUGAGUAUGCCUAUAAUUACAGAAGAGGAGGAAGAACAGAAUCAAACUUUUAGUAAAACAGAGUUCACUGGACCUAAGAGGAAAAGAACAUACUGAAUAAAGAACCUGGCAUAAAGUUGUUAAUUUUGAGCUUUCUGACAAAAGGAAAUAAGUGUAUCUGAUGUAUUGGAUGGGAAGACUGCCAGUAUUAAAAAUAUUCUUCUGGGAACUGUGGGUGGUUUCUUUGAAAUGGUAAUAUCUUAACAAAGUUUUAGAAUAAGAGCACAAAAAAAUUAGAGUAAAAGUU